UCCUGUGUGGCUGCACCACGCCUCUGUUGUCGUGAAACCUGUGUGUGGCAGCCUCUUCCUUGCCAGACUGUCAGACACCCUCCUACCAGGGCUCGGGCCCUCGAAGGGUGGUCAGUCCCUGCCGUCCUCACCCUGAAACUCCAGGCUCUCCUUAAGAGUCGCUGCCACUGGCCUGAGGGGACCCAGCAGCUGCUUCCACCCCAUGGGGGCUGGAGGGAUGGCACGAGGCCAAGUGUGAAGGUCCUGAGACAGUGGAAGGCCAGGGGACAGCCCGAGAAGCGUUUCUCUCCCUGGAGCUAACACAUCUGGGCCAGCACAGCACGAGGCCCUGGAUACAGGAGCGGAACCUUGGCUAGGGGGUCCCUGGAAGUAAUGCUGAUGAGGAGACAUGGAACUCAUAAGAGCCCGCAGGAGCCGCUCUCAGGAGAGCCCGUCCCUGGAGCAGGGCCGCUCCGCACCCAACCUGCGGCUCCUAUUGUUGGGGAAACGGCACGCAGGAAAAAGUGCUACCGGGAACACCAUCCUGGGCAAAGCUGUGUUUGACUUCGGGUUCGACCCUCAGCAUGAGACUGUGAGGUGCCAGCGAGAGAGUGGGACGGUUUUAGGGCGGCAGGUCGUGGUCAUCGACACCC